UCUUCUUCUUCUUCUUCCUCUCCUUUCAUUUGAGAAUGGCUUCAGAAAUUAGAUCCCUGGUGGAGCACGAAAAAGCUGUUAGAUCCGAGGAGAAGACUCUUAAAGAUCUCCAACAGAAAUCUGGAAACCAAUUCCCUGGUUCAGAUUACCAUCGUCAAGAUAGGAAGAAUUGGAUGAAUGGUCUUAACCCACAUAGAAUUCCCAUAAACAAGAUCAUUUGGCCAGGCACCCAUGACUCAGCAACCAAUGAGAUUGGCAUCCCAGACAUCACUCGCCCUUUCGCCCAAUGCCAAUCCUUAUCCAUCUAUGAUCAACUUGUAUUGGGAACCCGAGUCUUAGAUAUCCGAGUUCAAGAAGAUCGCCGAGUCUGCCAUGGGAUCCUUCUAAGCUAUAGCAUCGAUGUUGUCCUCAACGACAUCAAGAAGUUCAUCUCUGAGACUACAUCUGAGAUUAUAAUUCUCGAGAUACGCACCGAGUUUGGCCAUCAAGAUCCACCUGAAUUUGAUAACUACUUAGUUAGCCAACUCAGUGAGUUAUUAAUCCACCAGGACGACCAGGUUUUUGAGAAGACAGUGGCUGAGUUGCUGCCCAAGCGUGUUAUUUGUGUGUGGAAGCCAUCCAAGUCGCCGCCACCCAAGUCCGGUGAUCCACUGUGGAGCUCCGCCUACUUGAAGGAUAACUGGAUUGAUACUGACUUGCCGUGGACUAAGUUUCAAAGCAAUAUGAAGUAUUUGAGUGAGCAACCGCCGGCGGCGACAAGGAAAUUUUUUUAUAGGGUUGAGAAUACAGUGACACCACAGGCUAAUAAUCCUGAUGUUAUUGUGAAGUCAGUGACUUGGAGGAUUCAUCCUUAUGCAAGGCUUUUCAUUUCGCAGUGUUCUAAAGAUUAUAGAGAUCGGCUUCAAAUCUUCUCAUCAGAUUUUAUUGAUGAAGAUUUUGUUGAUGCAUGUGUGGGGUUUACUUUUGCUAAAAUAGAAGGGAAUGCUUGAGUGUUCUUGGGAUUGUAGCUGCCAUGGUUUGUCUUGUAAACUUUUUUUUUUUUUUUUUUCUGUUCUUUGAUCAUUCUGCUUUCUGACGAUCUGUGAUUUAUUUGUAUUGUUGAAAUGAAGGGGACAAACAUAUGCUUGUUCUUAAUUCGGUUCUGUUUGGAAAAAACAUGUACCUGCAAUCUCUCCAGU